AUGUCCACGGAUUUUGUGAAGAGUUUUUUGGCCGGCGGAGUUGGCGGGUCCUUUACGGUGAUGGUCGGACAUCCAUUUGACACAGUCAAAGUUCGUCUUCAAACGAUGCCAACUCCAAAAACAGGAGAGAAGCCGCUUUAUGGUGGCACGCUCGAUUGUUUCAAGACCACAAUUGCCAAAGACGGCAUCACAGUAAGUUUAAAUAUUUUUGGUUUUGUGGCUUUUAGUUUUUUUGGCGAUGAGGAAAGAAGCGAUUUUGAUUGGGCCAAGUUUUUUGAAGCUGUUAAGUUCCGAAAUUCUUGCUGUAAUUUGCAGUAUGCUGCAGUACAAAGCCUAUAUGAUUUUCUUAGAACGGAUAUCUGAGCCGAACAGUUCAAAAAUGUCAAAUGUUCGCAUUAUGUUUCGCCUUAUUUAUCGUUUGCUUUGUAGGGUCUCUACAAAGGUAUGGCAGCUCCGCUGGUUGGUGUAUCUCCCUUAUUCGCCCUGUUCUUUGGAGGAUGCGCUAUCGGUAGAUGGCUACAGCCAAAGAAAGCUGGACAGGACGAUUACACUUUUAUCCAGAACGCUAAUGCGGGUGCCUUUGCCGGUGUUCUCACAACUGUUGUGAUGGUUCCCGGAGAACGAAUCAAGUGUCUCCUGCAAGUUCAGUCCAGUGGAGGACCUCAGAAAUACAGUGGGCCUUUGGACGUGGCCAAGCAGCUUUAUAAAGAGGGUGGAAUUAGAAGCAUCUACAGAGGAACGGCCGCUACUUUGAUGAGAGGUAAAAUUAUGAUCUUUAAUUUGUUUUAUCAAUACGAAAUUGUCCUUCGACUCGGUAUAAGUACACACUUUUUGACAGAAAAGGUCGGCGUAUGUUUUUCGCAUUUCCUUUUCAUCCUGUUCGACCGUCUGACAUAGCAUAAUGUAGGAAAACUCCCAAUAAAUUAUCGGAAACUUCCUUAACAGAAUUGUAUUCCAGAUGUUCCCGCCUCUGCCGCUUAUCUUUCCGUGUACGAAUACCUGAAGCGACUCUUUGCGGGAGAGGGAAAUAAAGAUAAGCUCACCCCCACGGCUACUCUCCUGGCUGGAGGCUUUGCUGGAAUAGCCAAUUGGUCUGUGUGCAUUCCGGCUGACGUCCUCAAAUCCCGACUUCAAACUGCACCAGAAGGCAAAUACAACGGGAUUCGAGAUGUUUUCAAGGAAGUGAUCAAGACUGAAGGACCAGCCGGACUGUUCCGAGGGUUCACCCCAGUUAUGUUGAGGGCAUUCCCCGCGAAUGCAGCAUGUUUCUUUGGAGUUGAGCUGACUCUGAGUCUUUUCAGAGCUCUGAACCUUUAA